GCAUUAUUAUGGAAAUUACUAGAGAAGAUUCCUUCAACAAUCACAAUCACAAUCUAUCUGACGAUGAAUUGCACCUACAGAACGAAGCUCUUGGUAUCGAGCUUGAAGUCAUUCGAGCAUCUUACGAUGACAUCCGAUCAAAAUUCUUGGAUUUGUGGGAUAAUUUAGCAACUCUCCAUCAAGAAAACGAAGAACUUGUGAAGCAAAAUGGGAACUUAGCGAAGAAUUUAGAAGAAAUCUCAAGCGAGAGAGAUGAUGCUCUGAAAGAAGUCGUAAGAAUCGAGAUGUCGGCGAGAGAACAAGAAGAAGAACUAGCGGAACAGAGGGAGAAAUUCGAUGUUUUUGAAGAAAUAAUCGGAGAGUUAGUUGAAGAAAAGAGGCAGAGAAUGGAUGUGUUUUCUCGAGGCUGGGAUUCGAUACGGUCUGUAAAAGAAUUCUUAGAUGGAAUCAUAGAAAGAAUGGAUGAAGAGAAACCGGAGAAGAUCACUCUGGAUGAAGAAGUUAUUGAUGAUUUGAAAUUGGAUGAUGCAACCAAAGGAUACUUAUCGGAGACAAUGUACGUAGAUAAGUUAGUGAAAGUAGCGGAAUCGAGGUUUACGGAAUACGAAUCGAAGAAACUAAAAGAGAAGAAGGAAUUGGAGAAUAGUUUGGCUAGUUUAACUCAAGAGAAUAGAGAUGUUCAUAGUUUGUUGAGGAUUGCUUUAGUCGAAAAAGAAUCGGUGGAGAAGACGUUGAGUAAAUUGAGAGGAAACGAGGAGCAAAAAAGAGGUACACUUUUAGGAUUUGCUCAAAGGGUUCGAUUUGGGUUCAUGAGGAGUAAUAGUACAAAUGAAGAUUCAGUGGCGAACUCGAGUUCUAAGAUGAGCGAAAAAUCGGAUAGUGAGUGCGAAGAGGAGACUGUUAGUCUGGCUUCGACUGUGGAGAAAAUGAUGAAGGGUUUGCGGCUUGAAAUAUCUCAACUUAAGAAAUCCUUGGAGGAGUCGAGGUCAGAAACUGAGCGGCUUCAAAGCCUUACAGAAAAACAAGCUCAUCAAAUAGCAGAACUGACAUUGUAUAUAAAGGAUUUGGAAGGAAGGGAAACUAAUCUAUCCCAAAAUGUUGAACAGCUCGCUGUGGAAAUAAAUGCUGCGGAAGAAGAGAUUUCAAGAUGGAAGGAAGCUUGUGAACUGGAAGUGGAAGCAGGGAAAAACGCAGUAGAAGAACGUGACAAAGAGGCCAAGAUUCUCAGAGAGGAACUGAAUCGAACAAAAGCUUCAUUGGACACAGCAAACAAUAAGAUAAAGUUAAAAGAAGAACUUGCAUCUGCAGCUUUUAUUGCCCAAAAAGCCAUUGAGAAAUCUCUCCUUCUAGCAGACAGCAGGGCUGGAAGAUUACGUGAGAUUAUCGAAGACCUGACAAAGCAGUUAGAAGAGGCUGACAGUAAAGGAGAGCGUACCAACAAACGACGUAAAGUGAGACAUGUAUGUUGGCCAUGGAGAGCACUCCAGCUUAAUCCUACUCGUACUGCAAUAAAUCGGCGUGUCAGAAGCAGAAUGGUACCUGAAAUGGAAAGCUUGCUACUUUUCAAUGUAUGAAUUCUCAUCUUUAUAAAU